AUGACCCCGGCCCUGUUAUUGGAUCAGAGUACAGCUACGGAUCAGAUAGACCUCACCAAUGACCUCCCCUACGUUGGAUCUCUCAAAAUCACGGUGAACGAACGCAAUUGCAAAGCAAAGGUGUAUUCGAAUUCGAUCUUCAAUUUUCUCAUGGAAGGCAAGGCUUGGACGGUCAAUGGGAUAGCCGCUGCCACCGUAUCACUUGGAAAGGUAUCCAGCGUUACCUCCUUUUUGGUUACUGACAGGAUUGGACCUUUGAUCCUUGGCAAAACAUUCCUGGACGACUUCCCUGCCAAGCUACAGCGUAAAGGAUUGUUGGGCCCAGCGCUGGCAUUCUCAGACUCAAGUGGAACAAAGUACAUUGCUCCAAUCAUUGACACUAGGAAGAACAAAUACGACAAUCAGGACAAAUCAAUGACCAGUCCUCCUUGA